AUGACAGGCGCUACUGACCGUGCCGACACUCCUGCGAUGCUCACUGCUUCUGAUGAGGAACCGAUUGAGGACAUUGAUGAGAUCGAUGCUGGCGACACCAUUGGUUUGGACCCUUCCAAGCCUGAUUACACUCCAACAGAGCACGCCAGCCCAGUCCCUUCCGAGCCUGACUACACACUAGCUGAGCAUGGUCACAUCAGCUCAGACUAUGAGUCGGAUGAGGACGAAGAGGAUACCACCAGCUCUCCAGAGAUCUCACCACCCCUUCCCACUGAUGGGUUAUGUGCAUAA